AUGUAUCGAUGCCGCUCCGCACACAAACUGUUGGAACUGGAUGCGGUGUUCCACAUCUUUGCGCCGCCCUGCUGUACCGUCGUGGAUCUCGCAGCGGCGCCUGGGGGGUUUGCAGAGGUGGCGCUGGAGAGAAUGGCCUGCGCAGCCGCUACCUCCGCGGCGGGCCUCCAGCCCGUUGUGGUUGCCUUUGACAACCGCCCUAUUGAGCCCAUGCAGGGCUUGCUGCCCGUUGUAUGUGAUAUCAACGACCACAUACGCGUCAUGGCGCACACAUCCAGCCUCUUACGGAGGCUGCAGGGCGCGGGAGGCGGUCCAGGAAGAGACGUGCAUGUCGUUCUCCAUGACGGAGUCUCAGUCGUGAAGGCACAGUCAUCGUUUUCCGUGACGUAUGGCCAAAAUCAAAUGGCUCUCGGGGCGCUGCGGCUAGCCUGUUCCUUCUUUGCCUUGCCUGCGCACACCACAUCGGCACGACGGACAAAGACAUUUGUGACAAAGGCAAUGCACUCCACGCACUUCAACGCAUUACUGGAGGCCUGCAAACGCUACUUCCAUUGCGUGCAUGUGCAUAAACCUUCCGACUGUAGACCUGAGGGUCCGGAGACGUACAUUGUGGCACGCGACUUCUCCGCACGGCGGUGGCUAGCGGAGGAAAGGCGGGCAAAGGGCUUGCACCCACCCUUGACUUUGCCGCCUUACCGGGAAGACGUGACUUCUGGGCGCCAGAUAAUGUGGCGGUGUUGGGGCUGUUGUGAGCUUUGCUUAGGAACGUCGUCGUGCCCAUUGUGUGUGGCUGCUGAACGUUAA